AUGGCAGCGACAGUCCAUUUUUUCUUUUUCUUAUGCAUCCUUCUGAUUUCGGGUCAAACCCGGGCACAAACCCGAACGCCAGCCGUAACAGAAGCGCCAGCACCGGCUUCUGAUUCUUGCAACGGAGUAUUUCUCUCCUAUACUUACAAAACCGGGAAAAUUGUACCUCCGAUUAUCAAGUCCGCCCCGACCCGCCAAGCGUACAGAUUCGAAUCCACUCUCUUUGCACUGAAUAAUGACUUAGACGAGCUCAAGUCAUGGCGGGUCUUUGUCGGAUUUCAGCACGAUGAGUACUUGGUAUCCGCAUCGAAUGUGGUGCUUGCAGAUGGGACUUCACUUCCGGCGAAUGUAGGAAAUGGGUCGGUCUUUGCGGGUAACCCGAAUGCGGAUCUGAAGACGGGUAUUGAAACCGCCGGUGACUUGACCCAGAUGAGUGUCCAGGUCGAUUUGGUAGGGACCCAGUUCGGAAUCGGGGCGCCGGAUGUUCCAUUGCCCAAUAAUAUAUCGCUGGUGAAUGAUGGGUGGGUUUGCCCAAAACCCUCUAAUCAAGGAAAGAGUGUAUUGGAAGUGUGUUGCACCAGAGAUCCAAAAUUCAAGUCAAAUGUUACUUUGGAUGAAGAAUUUCUACCACGUCAAGAUGGUGACCUCACGAUAAUGUAUGACGUAAUCAGAACAUACGAAUCCAAUUAUUGGGCGCAGGUUACAAUUGCAAACCAUAACCCUCUUGGCCGUCUUGAUAACUGGCAGUUAAGCUGGGAUUGGAUGAAUGACGAGUUCAUUUUCGCCAUGAAAGGAGCCUAUCCCUCUGUGGUAGAUACAUCAAAGUGCGUCUUUGGCAAACAGGGUGAGUUCUACAAGGACCUCGACUUUUCCACUGCAUUGAAUUGUGACAGGAGACCAACAAUAGUUGACCUGCCUUUAGCGAAAACAAAUGACACAAAUCUAGGAAUGAUACCUUUCUGUUGUCGGAAUGGGACAAUCUUGCCACCUGCAAUGGACCCAAGCAAGUCGAUUUCAGCAUUCCAGAUUAAUGUUUUCAAAAUGCCUCCGGAUCUUAAUCGCUCCGUUCUUACUCCACCACAGAAUUGGGGAAUCUCUGGCAGACUGAAUCCCAGUUACAAAUGUGGACCACCCAUCCGAGUGAGUCCCAGCCAAUAUCCGGACCCGAGUGGGUUAUUGUCAGAUUCAGCUGCAAUGGCAAGCUGGCAGGUCGUGUGCAAUAUUACGAAACCAAAGGGAGUGAGCCCUCGAUGCUGCGUAUCAUUUUCUGCAUUUUACAAUGAAUCUAUCAUCCCAUGUCCAACAUGCGCCUGUGGUUGUCCUGCUAAUACUGAUGGCACGUGUAGUACUAAGUCUCCAGCUCUUUUUCUUCCGUCUCAGGCACUUCUCAUCCCGUUUGAGAAUCGAACUACUUUAUCCACAGCCUGGGCCGAUCUUCAUCAUUUCCCAGUGCCAAACCCUCUGCCCUGUGGUGAUAACUGUGGUGUUAGCAUCAACUGGCAUUUGUUCACAGACUACAGAGGUGGAUGGUCUGCAAGAAUUACUCUCUUUAACUGGGACGAAUUUCCUUUUGUCGAUUGGUUCACGGCAAUUGAAUUGGGCAAAGCAGCUCCUGGUUUUGAAGCAGCCUACUCUUUCAAUGGAAGUGCAUUGAAUGGUGUCAACGAUACAAUUUUCAUGCAAGGCCUCCCUGGCUUGAACUAUCUCGUGGCAGAAACAGAUAGCGCUAACCCACAGAAGGAUCCCAGAGUUCCCGGAAAGCAGCAAUCUGUAAUUUCAUUCACGAAGAAGUUGACGCCGGGAGUAGAUAUUCCCGGUGGUGAUGGAUUCCCUACAAAAGUUUUCUUCAAUGGGGAAGAAUGCUCACUACCCAGAGUACUUCCCAAAAGCAAUUCCCAUAGAUUCGGCUCCUCUGUUUUGAUGUCUGUCAUCUUGGCCAUUGCAGUUUUCUUGGCGAUGCAGUAA